AUGGAAGAUAGCGCUGCCCUCGCGCUCGCCCAGAGCCUUUCCGUACUCAUAGGCGAAUUCUCCCCCUCCCCGGGUUCUCAGACGCACCAUAAUUCGCGCAUGAACACUUUCCUGCGGCUAUUUGGCCGAUAUACGCGUUCAAAGGCAUGGAAACGCGUCAAGCCGCCGCGGAGGUACACAUCCUACUCGUGUUGGAGGUGCCUCCGCUCGCAUCGAGUAGGGCACGCUUCGUCAAGCGCGACGACGGUAUCUGGUACUAUUUUCCGCGCCUUGACCGACGCCGCCGUCCUUCCCUCUCGCGCUAGUGAUCAGCAAGGCCAGCAGGACGCGGGGGAAGUAGGAUGGGACUAUGAGACGGCGACCUUCGAUGUCGCUCGGAAGGACCACGAGGGCACUAGUAGUACGCGGGGGAAGUGGGUUUGGGUCUCUAAUACGGCGACCCGCAACCUCUUCAACACGACGCGCGGCUCUCCUACGGCGCGCAAUUUAUGCUUCACCAUCGUUUCCAGCGUCCUCGACGACCCCCUCAACAUCUCGCCCUCGAAGAAGCCCUCAACGCCGCCAUCCUCGACGACGUCUACAACCCUACCACCUUCGACGACGCCUCCAGCGCGCCCUCAAGCUCACUUUUCACUUCCACCCUCCACCCUACGAGAGAGGCCCACGACGUCGGUGACCAAGCCGCACCUGCAGCCGCUGUCUUCCGAUCUGUCGGGGACGUGCAUCUCCACCGGCGCUGGCGACGUGCUCGCUCAAUGCCGGCGAUACACCAUGGCCUACGACACUGGCGAAGAACCUUCACCGACGCCGGAGAAGCGUCUUCAGUCUCAACGUCGCGCCCUCUUUCUCAACAUCGACAUGUCCUACGUCGUCAAGCGCGCUGACCCUACGGCUUCGACGUCGACGUCGAUUGCUAUGCCCUUGGCGCGCUCAGCGCCGCGAGGACAGCGCGUCGCCUUAAGAUCGUAUCAUGGGGAGCUCUGUCGUUGGACGACGGCGAAGGCAACGAGCAAGGAGGAAGGUAGCGUGGGCGAGCACGAAGAUGGUGGGCCGGGGCGAAGAGUGGGAGCUGUGGUGAAGGCGACGAGCUCAGAGGGGCCGAAGGCGAGAGCGGAGGUGAAGGCGGUCAGCGACGUUGAUGCAGGUACGUCUUCGUAUUGCUUGCUGUGCUCGCCCGCUGACUACGCACUGUAUCUGCUCGGAGUGCUGCGCGAUGCGAUUGCAUCCUUCUCCCUGGCAUGGUCUCUCCACGCGCGAGGCCCGAGCGCCGCAAAUAGAGCAGUCUGCGCGUUUGCGCCACCCUUUGUAGACUGCGGUCAACGACGCUCAGGACCGCCUUCGCCGACAAUCGGAGUCCUCGCCUUCACCACUCGCCAACAACGAAUCCCCCCUCACGUCACCUUUGGCAUCGGAUUCCUUUUCGCCUUCGACGACGCGUCUCUGCUCAUUUUCGACGACGCGUCUGUGCUCAUUCUUGAAGACGCGUCUCUGCUCAUUUUCGACGACGCAUUCGUGCUCGCCUUCGACGACGCAUCCCACCUUCAUCCUCAACAACGAAUCCCCCCUCAUCGCCUCCCUUCGGCCCUUAACAAUGUUGUCAACAAGCACGUCGAACGAGAUCUCGCAAUCAACGGUGGUGGUGGUUCGUGCUCGAGGGCAACAUAG